AUGAAGAGAAAGCUUUCUAAAGCAAAUGCAAAUGCGACGGCGACCAGCGAUAAAAAGCUGCCAUCCCCUGCCCUGCAAUCGGUAGCUGAUGGGAAUGUUCACGACGACGACAUCAGCCAGCACCAGGGCCGUGUACGAUCGUUUCCUCGUGAGCGAGGAAUCCGGGCAAGCUUUGUUUACGUAGACUAUGGUGACUGCGAUGGCCUGCUGGAGCUACAAAAGCAAUGGAAGGAGCAUUUGGAUACAACCACCACACUGCAGCUUAACCCGGUCAAACGCAUCCAUCUCAACUUGACCAAAAACUUCACAAUUCGACGCCACAACAUAGCUCCUUUCGUUGAUAACCUACGGGAGCGUCUGGCCGGACAUCGACGUUUCGUGUUGGAAUUCUCCCGUGCCAUUGUAUACAUGAACAAGGAGCGCACCCGAACAUUCGUGGGUUUGCGUGUGGCUGAGGUAUCUCUCCGGCCACUCGUAGCUUUAGUCGGUAGUCUAGACGAGUGCAUGCAGAAGUACAAACUUCCGCUAUAUUACAAAGAUCGUGCCUUUCACGUGAGCAUCCUUUGGUGCAUGGGCAAUCAGAAGCAAGCCGUGCGCAUACAACUCCCAGCGAUUAUACGCAUGUUCGAGAACGUGUACGAGGCAGAAUAUUGUGAUAUUAGCCAAACAAUUCGAACGCUGUUUUUAAAGUGUGGAAAUAAAUCUUUUAAUUUCGAGUUGGCGUAA